CGGGCGGCGAGGGGAGGGCGCGGGGCGCUUGCAGGAAGCUGCGAGCAAAGCCCCCCGCGGCCUCGCUGCUGGGUGUCGCCCCGGCCAUGUAGGUGCCCUCCCUACAGUGGCAACCUCCUGGCAUGAGCCUUGUCCCGUGCAACCGCUUGCCUGAAGCAAGGGGCAAAGGGAGGCGCCGAGGCAACUGCUGGGUUGAUCAUCUGGAAGCGGCGAAGGAGACAACGAACCCCCGCCCCCAUUGGAAGAACGGUGCCUUGAAGCAGCAGAGGGAGUCUCCCAGGGAGCAGUCACCCAACAGCACGUGGAAGAGUGGAACGUGGGGCUGGGUUUGCGUGCACGUGAGCCAGGCUUGUUUCCAGCACAUUGCUUCCAAGUGGGGCCCCUCUGCACCUCGCGAUUAUGUCGGUUGAAGGGUCUACCAUAACAAGCCGCAUAAGAAACCUGCUGCGCUCCCCUUCCAUUAAAUUGAGGAGAAGCAAGCCUGGGAACAAGCGGGAAGACAUCAGCAGCAAGGUGACCUUGGAGAAAGUGUUGGGAAUAACUGUGUCAGGAGGCAGAGGAUUAGCCUGUGACCCCAAAACUGGUCUCGUCGCAUAUCCAGCAGGGUGCGUUGUUGUUCUAUUCAACCCUAGGAAAAACAAGCAGCACCAUAUUCUGAACAGCUCCAGGAAAACAAUUACAGCUCUCGCUUUCUCCCCUGAUGGAAAGUAUCUGGUUACUGGAGAGUUGUGGCAUUCUUCCCUCCAGAGUGGACACAUGCCAGCUGUUCGCGUGUGGGAUGUGGCUGAACGAACCCAGGUGGCUGAGCUCCAAGAACACAAGUAUGGUGUGGCCUGCGUCUCUUUCUCACCUAGCUCCAAGUACAUUGUCUCAGUGGGUUAUCAGCAUGACAUGAUUGUCAAUGUGUGGUCAUGGAAGAAAAACAUUGUGGUGGCAGCCAACAAGGUUUCAAGCAAGGUGACAGCAGUGUCAUUCUCGGAAGACUGUAGUUAUUUUGUCACAGUUGGUAACCGGCAUAUCAAGUUCUGGUACUUGGAUGACAGCAAAACCUCCAAGGUGAAUGCCACAGUCCCCUUGCUAGGGCGCUCUGGUUUGCUGGGAGAGCUGAGGAACAACUUCUUCACCGAUGUGGCAUGUGGAAGGGGUAAAAAAGCUGACAGCACUUUCUGCAUCACCUCCUCAGGCCUCCUGUGUGAAUUCAAUGAAAAACGACUGCUAGACAAGUGGGUGGAGCUGAGGAACACCGACAGCUUCACAACUACCGUGGCAAACUGCAUCUCUGUGAACCAUGACUACAUCUUCUGUGGUUGUGCGGAUGGCACGGUGCGGAUUUUUAACCCUUUGAACCUUCACUUUGUAACUACGCUGCCGAAACCACAUUUCUUGGGGACAGACAUUGCCAGCAUCACUGAAGCCAGCCGUCUCUUCUCUGGCAUGACUGAUGCCAAGUAUCCAGACACGAUUGCCCUGACUUUUGACCCCACCAACCAGUGGCUAUCAUGUGUAUAUAAUGACCACAGCCUAUACGUGUGGGAUGUCAAGGACCCGAAGAAAGUUGGCAAGGUUUACUCUGCUUUGUAUCACUCUUCCUGCGUGUGGAGCAUUGAGGUGUAUCCUGAGGUGAAGGACAACAAUCAGUCCUACCUUCCCCCAAGCUCCUUUAUCACCUGUUCAUCUGACAACACCAUUCGUUUGUGGAACACGGAGAGUUCCAACAUUCAUGGCUCAGCUCUGCAUCGGAACAUCCUCAGCAGUGACCUGAUGAAAAUCAUCUAUGUGGAUGACAACACUCAGUGCCUGCUUGACACUGAUUACAACUCUGGUGGGAGUGCAGAUAAAGCUGACACACAGGUUACAGACAUGAAGGUGGGGAUUCGCACUGUGUGUGUGAGCCCCAGUGGAGAGCAUCUGGCCUCAGGGGACAGGAUAGGCACGCUCAGAAUUUAUGAGUUGCAGUCCCUUAGGGAAAUGCUGAAGGUAGAAGCUCAUGACUCUGAGAUCCUCUGCCUGGAGUACUCCAAACCUGACACAGGAUUUAAGCUCUUGGCAUCAGCAAGUCGGGACAGACUGAUCCAUGUUUUGGAUGCUGGGAAGGACUAUAGGUUGCAGCAGACUCUGGAUGAGCAUUCCUCUUCCAUCACAGCUGUGAAGUUUGCAGCUAAUGAUGGGAAAGUGAGGAUGAUCAGCUGCGGGGCAGACAAGAGUAUCUAUUUUCGCACUGCACAGAAGACAGGGAAUGGGGUUCAGUUUACUCGGAGCCACCAUAUUGUUAGAAAGACCACUUUGUAUGACAUGGAUGUCGACCCCAGCUUGAAGUAUGCUGCUAUUGGCUGUCAAGACCGUAACAUCCGGAUUUUCAAUAUAAGCAGUGGGAAGCAAAAGAAGUUGUACAAGGGAUCUCAAGGUGAAGAUGGCACCCUCAUUAAAGUGCAGACUGAUCCCUCAGGUCUCUAUAUUGCAACUAGUUGUUCUGACAAAAACCUUUCCAUUUUUGAUUUCUACUCUGGCGAGUGUGUGGCCACAAUGUAUGGGCAUUCAGAGAUUGUAACUGGGAUGAAGUUCAGUAAUGACUGCAAACAUCUGAUAUCUGUCUCUGGUGACAGCUGUAUCUUUAUCUGGCGUCUGAGUUCUGAAAUGACCAUCAAUAUGCGACAGCGACUAGCUGACAUGAAACAAAGAGGGAAGCAGGUGGAGAAAUCGCCACCUCGCAAGACAACAGGACUUAACAGGCAUGAGUCUGUCUCUGUCCUGUCUCCUGUGCCUGCACUCUCAUCAGACAGUGACAAAGAUGGUGAAGAUGAGGGGAAUGAUGAAGAUGAGUUACAUGGGUUGCAGUCUUUCCAAAUUCAAUCCAACUGCAACACUGAGAGAGACUUGGAUCCAGAAUUUACCCUCUCAAGAAGUCUCUCCUAUUGGGAAAUGAGGAGGACCAAGGAGAUUGCAGCAAAUCAGCGUUCCGAAGCAACAAUGAACAAAAUGCCUCGGCAGCGUGGGCGCUGGUCCCAACCAACCAGUAACAUAGAGAUGACUGUUAAAUCUAUGCUUGACUUGCGCCAGCUAGAAUCUUUUUCAGCUUCUCGAUCUGUUAGCCGAGACUCGCUGUCCCAAACCAGCAAUGGGGAUGAUAAAGAAGAGCAGGCUGAUCUCCCUCCACACAUCAAUAUGGUUGGAAACUCAAUAGCUCCUGAGGAUAACCGGCCUUGUGUCCGCCCCCAGGUGAUCCGGCUUGUGUCCUGUGAAGAGGGGGUUUUCUCUCAGGAAUUGGAGCCCUCUGGGAGUGAGGAAUGUGUAAUCUACCCUGAACAAGAUGAGAUCCUUCCCACAGAUACGAACAGUGAGUUCCGAGUAAAAGCGCUGCCCCAUGGGAAGCUAAGUCGAGGCUUCCACAGCAAUGGAUGUCCAGAUAAGCACAGCCCUGACAGUGCCUGCUCUGUGGAUUACAGUAGCAGUCGCCUCUCCAGCCCAGACCAUCCAAACGAAGACUCUGAGAGCACAGAGCCCCUCAGUGUGGAUGGGAUCUCAGACCUGGAGGGAGAAGGAGAGGAGGAUGCAGGUACUGGCAUGCUAGAGGGAGAGGUCCCCAGGACUCCAGAUCAAGAGAAGUUCCUCAAGCAGCAUUUUGAGACAUUGUCCAUUACUGGUGAAAAAGGUGGAUCAUGUAGGACCCUGGAGAGAACAGAAAACCUCAGCAUUUCCUCUCGCUUUCUCUCCCAGUCCCCGGCUCUCAGGCACUUGUCACUCUCUUCAUCAAAUCUGAGUCUGGGGGAAAAGUCCACUGAGUCAUCAGCCCACCUGAAGCAGAUUUCUGCUGACCUGCUAAAAAAUGGCCAUGGCCCUGCUAGCACUGCCUUGGAGAAUGGCAGCUUUCUGGACAGUAUAAGUUCCCAGCGUUUGAUUUAUACUCAGAGAAAACAAAAGUCAGGUUUGGAGGCCAGUAGGAUUGCUAUGGGACCUGGAAGAGUUAUCACACCCUUCUCAGAGGGUAUUGGGAAUUCAGUGAUGAGAAAAUCCCAGUCAGUUCAUGACCUUGUUCGUGAGGAUAAAAAUCCAGGCAUGUUAUCUUCUGCCAAGGAGCGGCCUCAGACACUAGCGGUUGUUGAGAAAGAUUCCAAAUCUAAUCCUUGCAGGACAUCGCCAACAAGUCUGCUAAAGUCCAGCUCCCUGUUGAUUAAAGAUGCCAAGGCUACAAAACCCAAGUCCUACAUGAACCCUACAACCAGUUUUAGGGCCAAGAUGUCACGUAGCAUCUCUGUGGGGGAAAAUCUGCACCUUAGUGACUUUGCUGAAACAUUGACUGAGGGGAGGACCAGCCCACAGGUGCCAGAGAAGAACCAGUUAAAUCCACCAUCAGAGACUGAGAAGAAUAAACCACCUCUGAAAGAAAAUGUCCCAGUGAAGCCAGCUCUUCAACAAGCUGUAAACUGUUCAUCUCCCAAGUCCUUCCACAGCAAAUUGGCAUCAUCAAACCGGGCACACCUAAUUCUUGACAUCCCCAAACCAUUGCCUGAUAGACCUACAUUGGCUUCUUUCUCACCUACUACCAAAUCCAAAACCCCACUUGAACCAGAGUCUCCACAGUCACCUGCUGGGGGCUGUAAAAAGAAAUCAUCCAUUCCAGAAGGACGGGCUUCUAAGAGAGAGAGCCAGAUUUGCGUGUCUGUCGGGCUUAGUAAAGAGAGCCCAGUGGGACCUGUUAAUGAGAAUCCCUCACUGAGGACAGAUUGCCAGGAUGAACCAGGAGUUACUACUCCAAAACUGAAAGAGUUUUCAGAAGGUUUGCACCCUAGUUCACCUGAAAGCAGACCACCCAGAUGCAGAGAGGAGGUCUCCAGCAUCAGCUGUGUGCUAGAAAACCCGCCUGGACUUUGCCCACUAGAUCCUAUCAGGUCGAGGUCUCCCACAACAGUAGCUGCCUCAGCACAGGUCUCAGGUGUGCAUGGAUACACAUCUCUAGCCUUCUUUCCCCUUCUGUCUCCUGUCUCUGUGAAUCGCUUCACGAUUCCAUCACAUUUCUUUACGUCCAGCUUCUGGCCUGUCUCGUCUUGUCUGCACCUGUCUCGUUCCAUAAAUCAUCCCCUCAAUGAAUCUUCUGUCAGCCUUGAGCAAUGUGAACAUGUUGUAUCUGAGCUCCAGGACAGCAUGCGAAAGGCCAUUCAUCUUUACCACAUGGUGUCAACUGACAUGGAGUCUUCUACUGACAAAGAUAAGAUAGCUGGCCUUUUGACAGAGACAUUCACCUCUAUGAAGAAAGAACUGGAUUCACUAAAGGAGGGAGCAGAGCUCUCAAAGGCCAAGAAAGUGGUGGUAAAGCCCCAAGAGGAAAUUAGACAGCUGACUGAGGAACAUGGAAGCAUCCUAUCCAGUCCUAGGAGUUUGGGAGAUGAGCAGACUCUGGCUUUAUUAGAACAGUAUUCAGAGCUAUUGCUGCAAGCUGUGAAACGGCGCAUGGACAUUUAAAGAGAUGACUUUAAGGAAAAAUGUUUUUUAAUACAUGGAAAUAGCUCCAGGAGGAAGACCACAGUGGAAGACUCAGACAAAUGCUAUCUGCACCCUUAUCUGAAAGGGGGAAAAGAUGUUUUUUAAAACUGCUUUCCUCAGGCCCAUAAAACUGAUUUGCCAUAGUUUUUAGUAAUGUGCUGGCCACAGUUUUAAUAACUUUUUCCAUUGCUCUUCAGCUUUCUGUCUCUGGACACACUGUUUUGAAAAAGAAGUGUAGAGAAACUUGUUAGAAAUUUCUUCAUAGCCAGAAUGUUUGGCAUCUCCAAUAGGAACAAAAAAAUCCAGUUUAUCCAAGAAAUUCUGAACUGCUGACUGUUGAAAGAGAUGUGGAUGAAGCCAAUCACUCCCUCUCCAGAGUUUCAUCAGAAUCCAAAUGCAGACUCUUAAAAGUUUUAUUUAUUAAUUUAUUUUUCCUGACUGUUUCUCUAAUGUUGUCACAUGUUAUGGUGACCAUUUCCUUUCCUUUUAUUUUUUGCUCUUUUGUCACAUCCCAGCGAGACACAAUCUCUGUAUUAUAGUAAACCUCAACAGGGAGGCAGG